UGGCACGCGCCAUUCGGUUUCCUAGCGCAAGGCUGGCUAGACGUUGCUUAGCGCUACGAUCGUUGCUCGUACUUAUAAACACUUCAAUCGUGUUUUCGAGAGUUCCGGAAUCUCGUGGUCGAUUAGCAAUUCGAUUAUUUUGGUUAAAUUAUGAAUGACUUGUGAUACUUUGUGCGGAUUAAUGUGUGUGGACGGGCAUAGUGGAUUGUAAUAAACGAGUGCUGAUAAUAUUUUUUGGCAAAUAAAGAAAGAAAUUUAACCCACAUCCAACGAAAACGCCGGUCUCAAAGAGAAAGUUUCAUACUCAGUGUUUACGAACUGGACAAAGCUUUUUGGGACGCAUUUUUUCGGAGUUUUCUUGAGCCGCGUGGAUAAUUGAAAAAGUUGUCCCGACGCUUAUGGGAACGAGCGAAACCGUGAAAGCCGAUAAUAAAAAUAAAUAUACCGCGAGAUUUAUUAAAGAAGUCUUUGAAGUCGGAUUUGAUGGUGAUUAAUGGUGCGUGUGUGAGGAUGCGAUCUGGGAAGCGCUGAAAGUUUCGCGUAUGGAUUUUUUGGGCUUUAUGAGGGAGAGGAGGUCUUUUCCAGUGAACGAAGUGGCUCUUAAAAGUGAGAAGGAUGCCGGCGGGCGGGGCUUGGUGGUGAACUCUGUUUUGUGUGGUGUGGUGGAUGAACUGUCCAACGGGAGGACUGGGAGGAGAGGGUCGUGGGUGCGACACGCCGUCAUGGGUGUUCUCAGGUGGAAAGAUUUGACAGGAGUCAGGACGAGUACUCCUACUGAACAGAAAGAGGUGUCCCGGCCCGAAAAUCGUCGACCUGUGUCAGUAGGAGCAGCGUCCACAGGAGGCAGGCAGUCAUACGCAGAGGGUCCCAGAGUCCCCGAACCGCAUGGACCUCCACCCUCACCUGGUGCGGUGGCCGCACAGCGCAGAAAUGCUGCCGCUUGCCAGGCCAGUCGGCUAUUGCUGGAGGAAACUUUGGCUAGGCCAGGAACUCCCCCAACCAUAGUGCAACCACCGAAUGGUGGUUAUUGGGUUGAAGGAGGGGAGGACGGUUCCGUGGACGAAGAGAGUGAACAACGUCCUCAACCAAGCACCCCACGCCAGUCGUCUCGAAGACACAACAUCGACACAGAUGACACCGCCAAGUUCUAUAGGCGGUUCUUCCUUGGCAAGGAGCACAUCAACUUGGUUGGGUUCGACGCGAACCUGGGCCCAGUGGUGAUGUCGCUGAAGAACGAUCACAUGGCCGGCCAGGACCACACCAGGAUACUCCUGAGGCUACGGACGACCACUAUGCAUGGACUUAUUCCCACACCAAAUUCAGGCGUUAUGCCGUCACCAUUAAGGAUGGCCAAAAUGGUGAACGAUCAAGUUAAUGUGGACAACUUCAUGGCUGUAAUGUGUCUCAACGCGUCAUCCCUAAUCGCCACUUUCGACGAGCAUGUUCUGGUCAACACGUUCAAGUUUGGCGUUCUCUACCAGAAGUAUGGUCAAACGACUGAGGAAGAGCUGUUCGGAAAUAAUGAGACGUCACCCGCAUUUAACGAGUUCUUAGAAAUACUUGGACAGAGGAUUAUUCUGCGAGACCACAAAGGAUAUCGAGGCGGUCUGGAUAUAAUGAACGGGCAUACGGGUACAGAAGCGGUGUAUGAGCGGUUCUACGAUCGUGAGAUCAUGUUCCACGUGGCGCCACUGUUGCCGCACACGGCCGGCGAUGCACAGCAGUUGCAGCGAAAGCGACACGUCGGGAACGACAUCGUGGCAAUUGUUUUUCAGGAAAAAGCAACGCCAUUCACUCCAGACAUGAUCGCGUCACACUUCUUACACGCCUUCAUCGUGGUCACGCCCGUGGAAACUGCUGACGGGGAGACCAGGUACAAGGUGGCCGUCACAGGUAGACACGACGUACCAUUUUUCGGACCGACGCUUCCCCAGCCACCUGUAUUCCGAAAAGGGCGAGAACUUAAAGAAUUCCUCCUUACCAAGCUCAUCAACGCUGAGAACGCGUGCUACAAAGCCUUCAAGUUCGCGGAGCUUGAGCAAAGGACCCGCGCGUCCUUGUUACAAGCAUUGGCUGAUAAGUUAAAGGAGAAGACCAUUGAGUUUCUUGGUACGGGGGCGAGGAAUGAGCCCGGAGCAGUUUCCCCACAACCUGAAGGCACACCGAAGCAAGAGGGACCGGGAGCUAGAUUUAUUGACACCGUCAGAAAGGUCUUAAACCCUAAAGUCAGAUCUCCAAGCGUAGACACCAAUCUUUCGGGUGACAGCAAUAAAAACAAUGCGCUGAAUAAGAAAAUUAAUAACCUGCACGAUACACCUACACCUAAUAGUGGUCGUUCCAAGUCGUCCAUCGCGUCGUCGUCGGCGAGCGCCGUGUCGGUGCGGUCGGCGGGCGGCUCGGGCGAGUCCAGCCCCGACGUGACGUCACGCGUGGCGCCGCCGCGCGCGCCGCUGCACGACCACAGCGACGACUCCAGCCUCAACUCCGUCGAUCUCGAUCCUCUUGACGACAAGGACUGGCUGACUUGUGGUAAAGCUACAGGUGCAGUAUACGUUGACAGCGACACAGGGCUAGAGUCUAUGUCGUCUGCUGAAGCAGGUGCGAACGCUCGCGAGCAGCACGCGACACCGCGUGACGCUGAACAGUUGCGACAGGAGGUGUGCCGCUUGAAGAACGAUAAGCUGGACCUGUUGAAACAGAAUAUUACUUGGCAAAACGAAAUAAAAUGCCUACGAGAGAGAAUAAUAACACUACAAGCGGAACUAGCGGCGGUAUCGAAGGACAGGCGACAUCGCGAACAAACCACCACCAUCAUCCCCAACCCAUCCACACACGACUCCACCGCUUGAAAGUCGUGGAAACACCAUGAAAGACAUUAGCAUUAAGGUUCAUUUUGUGGGCUUAUCAAUGUUUAGCGUCUUUGAAACAACCUCUGUAUUAGAAUACGAUGUUAGUGCUAUCAAUGUUUAGCGUUUAUGUUUGCUGUUCUAAGUUGGUAACAUGAAUGUAUAGGUAAAGGUUAUUUAAGCGCUCCUAAUACCAACUUAAAGUAAAUACCUACUUAUUGCUGUCUCACUUCGACUACUAAAUUAGAGCGAGAGAUCGGAUCACACUGGUCGAUCUACCGAUCUCGCUCGGCGGUCGAAAGCGAUUAGCGAAUAAAUAGGUUUUUGUUUCAAGUAGGUAUUACGAGCACUCGAUCCAUCUUUAUCAUACAUUCGUGGUUUAUAAGCAAACAAUGCCAUCUAGUGUGGUAGAUGAUUUAAAUGAUCGAUGGUUAAGUACGCCAUCUUGUGGAUGGUAAAUGAAUGAUGAUUUGAAAUUUUAUGUUGAUUGUAAGUUGAUGAAACGAAACUUUAUGCGACUAAACAUAUUAUUACCAAUUACCAUCUUUUAAACGUUUUCUGAAUAAAAGGACAGCUUGAAUUUUAGCCCAUUUGGGUGGAAGUUUGCAUAUUGGCAUUGUAUUUCAUCGGUGGAACAAAAUUAGGCUAUUUAUCACAGUUGAAUGUGUAUGGGCACUUUUCCCUAUUAAAUGAUUAUAAUAUUGCCAAUUUGAAAAAAAUGUGCAAUAAUAAUUUUCGAAUUUUGCAAUAGCUUACCAUAAAACGUGAUAUGGUAUUUAGAUUGUACGUGUAGUAAGUACAUAUUUUUUUAUAUCCCAGUCUAUAUUAUUUAAAAAUACAUCGUUGACUGAUAUCAUAUAGAAAAUCGCUAUUAUUUUAGCUGAAUUAUUUAUGUUAAGGAUAUGAAAAUACCUAUCUCACACUUUUAUUAUUUACAAGUUUUCAGUAGGAGUGCUUUUUUCACGAAGUAGGUAGAUUUCACGAAUAUAAAUAAUAAAAAGAAUCAUGUUUAUAGCUUUUCAUGGAAAUUAUAAUAUAUUUUCCUUCCAAAAUGCAGAAAAUAUAUUUAUAAAUUCGAAUGUAAACUCAAAUUCAAUGUACCUUUUAUUAAAUUACCUGAAUGUAAUAACUAUCUUUUCAGGCAUAAAAUAAUGUCGUACUUAGGUGCGGUGUUGUAAAAAAAAAAUUAAACAAUGUCGUUGUCUUUUUGAUGUUCUUUCCUUAGUUAUUUAAAUUGUUUAUGUCAAAAAAUUCUUAUGACUUGGUGUCACUGUAGUUCUUUAAGAUACGAAUUUGUUAAAACAAAGAAAAAUGUAGCGUAAAUGUAUAUUAUCUUCUCAGAAUAUACCUAAAGUUAGAGAAAAAACGGUACCUACAAAACAAAGCCUUUACUAUCUAGAAGCCUAUUACUUAUAUGGUGCAUUAGAAAAAAACUUAUGAUAAAAUAUCUUAUAGUCUAAUAAAUGUUAGAACUUCUAUUUUAUAUCUCGGAAUAUAUGUAUUUUUUGUGUAUCGACUGUGAGCUGGCAUCCGGUACUAUUUCAGUUUUAACAACUUUACAUGACGAAGGAAUAAAUUUAUUUCCUUUAGCUACCUAUAAAUUGAUUGUAUACGCCGCCAGUAUAGUUGACGCCUCUAGUGUACAUGGUUUUUCAAAUGUUUGUUCCAAGCUCGAUAACGGUCUUGAACUGUGACAUCAAAUAAGUACUUAAGUACCUACUUAUAAAAAAAAAAAGUUUGUUUGAGCUAGUACAUAUUACCAGUUCACAGUCGAUGUUUUAUAUUUUUGUGGCUUUACUUUAGUUCUGUGCAAUGAUUUGUGUUCUGAUUUUCAAUUAAUAAUAAUUUCUUAAGUAAGAAUGAAAAGAAAACUUGAUUUCUUACAUUACGAAUUGUAUUCCGAUCGAAAGCGAAAAAAAACCCUAAAACGAAUUACAAAAAAAAAAGAGGUAAAACAUUAUGAUUGUCGACAUUAACGCCAUCUACAUCAGCUUAAAGUUUAUAAAGGAUUGUUUCAAAAAACGUUAUAAUUCUAAGUUCGCCAACAUUCAUGGCAUUGUAAAUAUACAUUAAUUAAUACAGUCUUAGACUAAUUAAUCAGUAUUUUUCUUAAUUUAUGCUUGAUGUAAGGAUCGUUUCGAGUGUCUUUGAGUUUGAUUAUGUUUUGUUGUUUAUAAUUAAUAUUUUAUACCAAAGUUAACAUUCCCCACUAAAUAGAGUAGUUUUUUUAUAAUUACCAUAGUAGAGAUGAAUCAGUAUUUUGAAUCAUUCAGUUGACAAGCGCGCUAACAUAUUUCUAAGUUUACAUUUAGUUUUAAUUAUUAAAUGUAAUCAUUUAGAUCUUUGUUUGACUGUUGAUUAUGAUUAUAAGUUGACACUAACUGUUGAUUCUUCUCCUAGACUUAAACCAAAUAUUGCGAGCGCGGAGCGUUAGAGAUAUACUUAGUUAUAAUUAUAAGAGAUACUAUUGAAAUAUAUAAAUAGUUAAUUACUAAAUAAA